AUGACUGAUGACCGAGGAAUCAUGAGCGAAAAGGGAAAGAAGCACAUGGGGAUUGGAAAACUCGACUGGGAAGGUGUGGGGAAGUCGGUAUCCACAGUCGAGCUGGCUGCAGCCAAUGCCACGAAUGCAAGAUCGAGGAUCGACGCCACUGAGGUCAUCAGCAUCUGGGGAGUGGGGCCGCGAAAGAAGCAGCAGUACGGCUGUACCUACCUUCGCAAAGCAGCUGGUAUUAUUGCCAUGGGUCACCAGCUAUCAAUCAAGGCGCACGCAGAGUCGUAUCCAAAUCUUGGGACUGACGACCUACCCGAACUAGCUCACCGCAAAUCUUCACGACAACAACAGCGAAUCCCAUCACCCAUAGCCUCACCUCCCGUCAGUGUCACCCAGCACAAGGCGAACUACCUGACUAACUGUGCUAAUUUUCCCCUACGCUGCUACAGGGUGGAGGAGGACAACGGCUUGGGCAGCCCUGAUGAUGGUAUGCGUCGGGCAUUGCCGAUCAUCGUAGUAGCGCCAUUUCCACCUCUGAAGCUCAGGAGCUAUGGAGCUGGCCUCAACAAAGACGACACUACUACCUGUACACUACGCUCCACGCUAUCACGACAGUUCUGCACCACCGAGCCUGAGCCGCAAAUGACGAAGUAA